UAAACCAGAGCACUUUUUAUCCCAUCCCGGAAUGCUGUGUGGACUAGCCAGACCCUCCUUUGCAGCGCUGUGGAGGAAGGUCUGGCAAUGCGAGACUAUUGCAACGAAAGAGUGACUGUAAUGGAGUACUCCUACUUUGUUGGGCAGAUUUGACUUUUCUUUUGAGUACACUACACAAAUCAUCAUUCAGGGACUUGCAGCUUGAUUACGACAGGUAAUCCAUUACAGUUAACAUUAUUUAAUUUAAUUAACACUAUUUUAUUUUGGCACGCAGCUGGCAUCCAAUAUUUGAGAUUUCAUAGCAUCACAUUCACAAGCUGUCGUGAGGAAAGUAUGUUCAAGAGACAACAGACUUUAGCGGUGAUGUUUGUUGUGAAAAUAGUAAUGCCAAUUGAAUUUAGUAGUUUCUUGUGUUGUCACUCAAAUGUCGGAGCAUUCUGCGUAGUAUUACUGGUGACUGUAACAUAGAUGAAAAAUAGCAAAAGAAAUAGGCAAUUGUCUCAGGCGUGUUUCAAAUUAUAUAUAUAUAUAUAUGUUAGAAAUGAUUCACCUCUUUUUUCAGAAUUUAAAACUUUUGAUCAGUAUUUACUUGUCACUAUGUCAAGCUAUGGUGAGCCAUUUUUUUUUUUUACAUCAUUUCCUUGCAGCUGUCUGUUCCCACAUAACUUUAGAGAUUCACUCUCUUCCCUUUGAUAAAUUUGACCUUUUUUGUAAAUAUUUUCUAACAAAAGAAGGGAAUAUAUAUAUGUGAUAUAUUUUUGUCAGACAGACACAGACUGUAUGUUAUAACACUAUAUUAUAUUUGUUAAAAACACCAGCUCCAGUUUUUUUUUUAAUUAUCCAUCACUCAUAAGAAGAAGUUGUGAAAUUAGUAUUAUGUUUGUCCCACAUUAUCAGUAAAGGCAGCAAGGGCUAAUAAGCAAGUGUUUUUUCUCCCCCUUUGUGGAAAAGGUGUAAUAUGUCCCCUCAAUAAACAGUGUUCAGCCAGUAGGAUAACGUCAUGCAACAGGAAAUAAACUUUGAUUUGAAUUUUACUGUGUAAUGCUGCUGUUACUCAAUAAAUAUGCAAACAUGCUACAUGAUGGGAAGAAGCAGUGAUGCUGCUCUUGGUGCUACCAGUUAUUUUGCAUAUCUUACAUUUGAUACAUGGUAUGGUCACAUAUUGUAAAAAGGAAGGUUUCCAUGUCUUUUUUGUAUUUUUUAUUAUUAUGAAGCAGGUCGAGGUGCUAUAUAAAAACUGUAAGUAUCAAAACGCUCAGUCCACAGAGAAAUGCACACAGCCCGUGACUGUUAAGACCCUGGCACACCAAGCAGACGGCCAAGAGCUAGUAGUGACCUGGCGACGAAGAGCGACUGGGGUCGGUUAGAGUAAGGGGCUAGGGAAUGCAUUACGUCAAUGACAGGUCCCCACAAAGAUAGUGAGACGCACUGUGUGUGUGUUUGUGUGUGUGCUUGUGUAUGUUUGUGUGUGUGUAACCGUGACACACAUGGAAGUAGAAUGUAUAGAAUGUUCUACAGUUCCACAGGUGGAAUUGUGGCGUUCUACUCCAUUAUGACCAUUCUCUUCUAAAGUCACACUAUUAACUCAGCAGAGACACAGGGAACACAUCUACACAGACCUUCACAGAGUCAAUUAUGGAAAGAUUAGGAUACUUAACACAACAAACGGAACGUACAUCGUUGCUCCACAUGGAUAUCAAGAUUUCACCAGAUGAACUCGGAGAGGAGAGGUGCAGUGAUUUGGAGAUGCCUCUGCUCACAUCAGAGACUUUGGAUGAAGUGGUCAUGUUAUAUUUGGGGUAUAUCACAAACGAAAACUGGCUGUUGCUGGCAGAUGGCAGCAUUGAUUCUGCCACAGUCCUACUGCUGUCCGACCUGUGUUAUGAGGUUGUCCAGACGGUCUGCGACGAGGUCCUGGAUGUUGUGGCACCUCAGGUUAAUGACAAGACUUGGGGCCACAUUUCCAUGGAGAGUGCCAGCAACCCCAGCAACACUUAUGUCACAAUGUACCUGGGCGAGAGUGAAUCUCCACAAAGGGAGCAUAACUAUCACUCAGUGACAGUGGAGGAUAUCCAAGCCAGCCUUGGACAUUCACUUCACCAGUGUCUUGGAGAAGCGUUAGAAGUCGUAGAGGAGAGUUCUGACGACUCUGAACAGCUGCUGCAGCUGGUUGCAGAAGAGGUGGCCAAGAAGGUCAACCGCACACUGGCUGCUAUCACGCAGUCAGCCUCUUCCUCACCAUCGGAGGAAUCUGAUGAGUGGGUUACACCGCAAUCAACUAAACACAUGGUUUUUCAUGUUGCCAACAUACUGAGCAGAUGCGUGGUCCGGAAGUACGAGAUUAAUCCCCCUGAAGAAUUACGCCUGCUCAGCGUUUCACCUUGGGCCUCCAGUCCAGACGACGAGGGCAAGGUUGAGGACUUCUGUCUAGUGGAGUCACAGAGUUCAGAGCUAAGCGUUUCUGUGAGCUCAGUGUCUCCAGCCACUACCAAACAGGAGUUAUCCCAGGGAGAGAAGACCUUUCUGGCCAUGUUCCUUGGUAUGCUGCUGGACCACAUUGCCCUCUCCACCAAGACAUCCGUGAUGGACUUGAACUUUGAUGGAAUUUUGAAGAAUCUGACGAGGACUGUGGAAGAAACAGGUUUUACUCUCCCACAAACUGUUGGAAACCUCCACUGUACCAUCUUUAAGAAGCUUGGUCUGGAGUUUGGAUCCACAAAGCUGCUGCGAGCUGCCAUAGUGUCUGAAGGUAUGGCCUUCGAGGAGGCGGUUGCCAGGGAAUUGAGAGUGCAGCAGGAGAAAGCUGCGCAUAAAAAACCCAGCUUUGUUACAAACGUGAGGAGGAUUUUCAGAAGAAGAAGCAACAAAGUAGCUCCUGCGUGUGAAGUCGACACAUUCAACAGUCAAGUGGCUCUCCUGGAGAGUGAAUCGAUACCCCGGCAUCAGAAGAAACAGAAGGGCCCCGUCAUCAUCGGGAUGUUAUCUGCCGUGGCCAGGAUUCUGAAGAAGCCCUUCACCUCCUGCAUCAGCCGAGGAUCACCGGAUGACUAGCUCACGCAAGUAUCCAACAUUCAGGGCCAGUUGUACGUACAUUUUGCGAAUGUAGCGUUAUCAGCGCCAUGGCCAACCCGCAGAAAGCGCACGCUGUGAUAGUUCAGCUUUCGUCGUAUUUACCAGACCUGCAGUUCCUUGGGUAAUCAGCGCCUUUUUUCCGCCCACUAUACACUAUGUUGCGCUGUAGCAAAGCGUUAAGUACUUGUGCUGAGUGCAGACUGCGAUAUUCCCACUGCCGAUGCUAGGACCGUUUGAAAUGAUCCUGAUGCCAAUAUCUGUAAUGUAGCGAGGAGUUUAACAACUUCUGGAAUGGAAUGUGAACGGAAAAGCGCAAUUUGACAUUUUCAGUUCCCGCGACAGGCAGUGUGCGUUUCUACCUCAGUGCGGCCUGUUCGUACAUACCUCGCCAUGCUCUUAGGCGCACGUUGUGAAACAAAUACGCCAGAAGUGGGCGCAAAAGUGAUGUACAAAAGUACAUCUGGCCCUCAGUCUUUCCUCAAGAUCUUUUCUUUACUGCUUUGCCUUCAUCUUGAAAAACAUAAAACUUUAUAAUGACAUGGGUCAUUUUUCAAGAUGAAUGCACACGCUUAAAAACGAUGUGUAAGUUUGGUUUCCAAAAGUGUUUCUGGAGUUUGUACAGGACCUGAAACAAAAAUAAGCAGUGAAAAAUAUUGUUAGUAAACGGAAAAACUAAACUGAAAACUACAACCAAGGUUAAACAGUAGUACCUGGUUAAAAAAAAAAAUAACAGUACAAAAAAAUGAACAUGAGCUCAUUUCAGUUUUGGUUUUUUAGCUAUAGUAUUUCACUACCUAAAAAAGGAAAAUGAAUUUCCGUCAACUCUCGUGACAUUGAACCACAGAAAGUGAACAGACUUGACAUUCCAGGAGACGGCGCUGUUACACAAUUGCUUCACACCGGGCACUAAUGUAGCACAAAGAUUAAACAUUAAGGCCAUAACAAAAAAUUUUAAUAUGUAUUUGUGUCCAAAUGACAUAUACACAUCUUUUCGUAUUCCAUUUUGCCUGGUAACACUUCCAACACGCUUGCGUGUCGCGUGAAAAAUUUCUAGCAUGCCGCGCCUGAGACGUGCGUUUCAUGCAGGCAGUGUGCAAGCUCUAACCUGUUACCAUGGGAGCCGAAAUAUAAACGGACACGCCACGCAGCUGACACGCUCACACCACGCAGGCGGUGUGUGGCCGGCCUAAGAAAAUGUGAGCAGUGUGGCUCAGUGAGUCCUCAUUGGAAGAAGGUGGAGGAUUGACUUUCAGGCCUCUAUCCUCCCCCCCCCCCCUCCCUGUGCAUGUUGGGUUUUCCCCCGGGUGCUCCGGUUUCCUCCCACUAUCCAAAGACAUGCAGCCCAAUUGGAAUCUCUAAAUUACCCACACAUCUGCAUUUUGUCUGGACUUUAAUAAAUGCUGAUGAAUCUAA